GGAAAGUGACGCGCUCCCCGCUCGACAGUUGGAGAAGGUUGGAGCACACAGCCUUAUAUCAGGACGAAAUCGGCGCUCGAAUCUUGCAAUUUGUCUAAUCUGCAGUCUUUGACUAGAGAAGCCCUCGGUUUUCGCACUGUUUACUUGAUCAAAGAAAGAGAGAUCCGUUCCAGAACGCCCGCACACCAUGUCGCUCGCCACCCUUGAUGCCUCCCAACAUCCGAGUCUUCCGGCUUCGGCGCAGACUCUGUUCAAAGCGAAGGCGUCCAAGAAGCUGAGCUUCGAGCAGAUCGCCCAGCAUAUCGGCCGCAACGAGGUUGCCACGGCUGCGAUAUUCUAUGGCCAGGCCAAGGCAUCACCGGAAGAUAUCGAGAAGUUGGCAUCACUCCUUAGUAUUUCGCAGGAACUGCUCGAAGACCAGCUGAGUGGGUUCCCGGACCGUGGCCGCUCAGUGGAGAUGCCGCCAAAGGAGCCCCUCAUCUACCGGCUAUACGAGAUUGUCCAGAAUUACGGCUACGCAUACAAGGCGGUUCUCAACGAGAAGUUUGGCGACGGCAUUAUGAGUGCCAUCUCCUUCUCGACCAAGGUAGAGAAGGAAACUGACAAGGAUGGCAACAAUUGGGCUGUCAUCACUCUGCGUGGUAAAUGGCUGCCAUUUUCAAGGUUUUGAUCAAUGAGAGAAAUCAUAAUUAUAUGUAUUGUAUGCAUACAAUAAAGUAAGGAAAGAAAGGUGAUACUGUAUCUAUUAUUAGUCUAUAGCAAUUGAUAUAGUGGCAUUAUUCCCUUCUAUAAUCACC